AUGGCGCUUCUGAAUGGCUUCAGCAGAGAGGAAUACCCAAAUGGUGAUUCCUAUGAAGGCCAAUUCAAAAGAGGAGCUCGGCAUGGGUCUGGAACGUAUUAUUGUGUGGAUGGCUAUUACGAGGGAGAGUUUUGCGAAGGCAAGAUGCAAGGAGAGGGAACGUUCUACUAUGCAAAGCAGGAAUCCUACACAGGCCAGUGGUUGAAUAGCAUGAGACAUGGCUACGGUAAAUUCACGUAUCAUGAUGGCGCUGCAUACGAGGGCCGCUGGGAAGCUGACUUGAGACACGGGCAGGGCCUGAUGAAGUAUGCGGACGGAUCUGCAUACAACGGCAACUGGGCGGCUGACAGGCGGCAUGGCCAGGGCCAAAUGAGUUUCGGAGACGGAGCGCAAUACAGCGGAGCUUGGUUGAAUGAUGCUCGACACGGAUUCGGGUCAUACAGGCUGCCAAAUGGCAGCUGCUAUGAUGGCGACUUCAAGGCAGACAUUCCAGAUGGCUCCGGGCGGCUUCAUGAUGCUGAUGAGCAGAGCGACUAUGUUGGACAGUUCCAGGAAGGCUUGCGCUCGGGACAGGGGAAAUGUACAUAUCAAACAACUGGGAGCCAGUUUUCUGGAGAGUGGCGUGGCGGAGUUCGUGUAGAAGGCUUGAUGCAUUUGGCCUCUGGCGAUGUUGAAAAGGUCGGCUACUUGAACGACAAGUUGGUUCGGCGAGAGAAGCUCAGCAAGGCAGAGCAAGAGCGCGUACAACAGGAAGCGCCGCGGAAGGAGGAUCCUCGCCCAUCUGUGGGUGUGCUGCCUGUUGACCAGGUGGCAUCUUUGGGACCUGGCCCGGCUGAAGCUGUAACCGCGUCGUAA